AUGGAGUCGGUAAAACAAAGGAUUUUGACCCCAGGAAAAGAGGGGCUAAAGAAUUUUGCUGGAAAAUCCCUUGGCCAGAUCUACAGGGUGCUGGAGAAGAAGCAAGACACUGGGGAGACCAUCGAGCUGACGGAGGAUGGGAAGCCCCUGGAGGUGCCCGAGAAAAAGGCUCCACUGUGCGAUUGCACCUGCUUCGGCCUGCCGCGCCGCUACAUCAUCGCCAUCAUGAGCGGCCUGGGCUUCUGCAUCUCCUUCGGCAUCCGCUGCAACCUGGGCGUGGCCAUCGUGGACAUGGUCAACAACAGCACCAUCCACCGAGGGGGCAAGGUCAUCAAGGAGAAGGCCAAAUUCAACUGGGACCCAGAAACCGUGGGGAUGAUCCACGGUUCCUUCUUUUGGGGCUACAUCAUCACCCAGAUUCCGGGCGGCUACAUCGCGUCUCGGCUGGCAGCCAACAGGGUUUUUGGAGCUGCCAUACUUCUUACCUCUACUCUGAAUAUGCUAAUCCCAUCAGCAGCCAGAGUGCAUUAUGGGUGUGUCAUCUUUGUUAGGAUAUUGCAGGGACUUGUUGAGGGCGUCACCUACCCAGCAUGUCAUGGGAUAUGGAGCAAAUGGGCUCCUCCUCUAGAGAGGAGUAGAUUGGCAACCACCUCCUUUUGUGGUUCAUAUGCUGGAGCUGUGAUUGCAAUGCCUUUAGCUGGCAUUCUCGUACAGUAUACUGGUUGGUCCUCAGUAUUCUAUGUCUAUGGAAGCUUUGGAAUGAUCUGGUACAUGUUUUGGCUUUUGGUGUCUUAUGAGAGUCCUGCAAAGCAUCCUACCAUUACAGAUGAAGAACGUAGGUACAUUGAAGAAAGCAUUGGAGAGAGUGCAAAUCUUUUAGGUGCAAUGGAAAAAUUCAAGACUCCAUGGAGGAAAUUUUUUACAUCUAUGCCUGUCUAUGCAAUAAUUGUUGCAAACUUCUGCAGAAGCUGGACUUUUUACUUAUUGCUUAUUAGUCAGCCGGCAUAUUUUGAAGAAGUCUUUGGAUUUGAAAUCAGCAAGGUUGGCAUGCUAUCUGCUGUGCCACACUUGGUAAUGACAAUUAUUGUACCCAUUGGAGGGCAGAUUGCAGAUUUUCUAAGAAGCAAGCAAAUUCUUUCAACAACUACAGUAAGAAAGAUCAUGAAUUGUGGUGGUUUUGGCAUGGAAGCAACACUGCUUCUGGUUGUUGGCUAUUCUCAUACUAGAGGUGUAGCUAUCUCAUUCUUGGUACUUGCAGUGGGAUUCAGUGGAUUUGCUAUUUCUGGUUUCAAUGUUAACCACUUGGAUAUUGCUCCAAGAUAUGCAAGUAUCUUAAUGGGCAUUUCAAAUGGUGUUGGCACAUUGUCAGGAAUGGUUUGCCCUAUCAUUGUUGGUGCAAUGACAAAGAAUAAGUCACGUGAAGAGUGGCAGUAUGUUUUCCUGAUUGCUGCCCUGGUCCACUAUGGCGGAGUUAUAUUUUACGCAAUAUUUGCCUCAGGAGAGAAGCAACCCUGGGCAGACCCUGAAGAAACAAGUGAAGAAAAAUGUGGAUUUAUCCAUGAAGAUGAGCUUGAUGAAGAAACAGGGGACAUUACUCAAAAUUAUAUAAAUUAUGGUACCACCAAGUCUUAUGGUGCCACAACACAGGCCAAUGGAGGUUGGCCAAAUGGUUGGGAAAAGAAAGAGGAAUUUGUACAAGAAGAAGUACAAGACUCAUACACCUAUAAGGACCGAGAUGAUUAUUCAUAA